GUCACACUACGCUCACCGGCUUUUAUAUCAAGAGAUUAAAUUUUCUAAUUUAUUCUUGAUUUAAACGUGCAAAAUGAAGCUCGCUCCGACUGUUAAGCUAAACAAUGGCUACGAGAUGCCAAUUCUGGGCCUCGGAACCUACAACCUAAAGAAAUCUCGAUGUGAGGCUGCCGUGUGCCACGCCCUCGAAAUGGGCUAUCGGCACAUAGACACCGCAUAUCUGUACAGGAAUGAAGGCAUUAUAGGCAAGGUUUUAGCUAAACUUAUUGGCGACCAGAAACUAAAACGCGAACAGGUGUUUCUGGUCACAAAGCUGUGGGACAUUUACCACGAACCCAAGAUGGUGAAACACGCCUGUGAUAUGCAAUUAAAGCUACUGGGCGUGGACUAUAUAGAUCUAUAUCUGAUGCAUUCGCCGGUGGGCGUGGACUACAUCUCUGAUGAAGAUCUGAUGCCCCACGAGAAUGAACAGCUGAGAACCAACGAUGUGGACUAUGUGGACACCUACAGAAGUAUGGAGCAACUGGUACAUUUGGGGUUGGUGCGCAGCUUGGGAUUGUCCAACUUCAAUGCCAAUCAGCUGAAGAGAUUACUGGAAAACUGCCAAAUUAAGCCUGCAAGCCUUCAAAUCGAGUGUCAUCCGGAAUUGGUGCAAAUCCCAUUAAUUGAGCUCUGUAAAUUCCACAAUAUCACAGUGGUUGCCUAUUCGCCACUGGGGCGUCCCAAAGCCUGCAAUCCGCUGCCGGAUUACUACACGGAUUCCAAGUUACUGGCAUUGGCAGCGAAAUACGGCAAGACACCAGCUCAAAUCAUCCUAAGAUACUUGAUUGAUAUUGGCACGGUACCCAUUCCAAAAGCUGCCCAGCAAGCCCAUCUCGUCGAGAAUCUGGAUAUAUUUGAUUUUCACCUGACGCCGGAGGAGUUGCUCCAAUUGAAGACCUUUAAUACAGGGCAGAGAAUCUGGAAAUUUGAAAAAGCGAAGAAUCAUCAGUACUAUCCUUACUAACAGAAGAUAUUUAGUGUUUGAAAAGUGUAACUACAUGUAUAAGAUAGAAUUUCGUUAGAUAGUUUAGGUUUUACGUUUUUGCGUUAUUUUUUUAGUAAAAUAUUACAAUGGUUUAAAAUGUCA